UCCGGGAGAUCACUUCCUCCACUGUUUCCUAGCAACGGCUGGAAGCGUUGUUGACAUCCCGGGCAGCGGUGGCGCAAGUCUGAGCCCAGAGUCUCGCCGCCCAUAAAAUGGCAGAGGUGGAGGAAACUCUAAAGAGGAUCCAGAGCCACAAAGGGGUUAUAGGAACGAUGGUUGUAAAUGCAGAAGGCAUCCCCAUCCGAACAACCUUGGACAACUCAACAACAGUUCAGUACGCAGGUCUCCUUCAUCAGCUGACCAUGAAAGCCAAGAGCACCGUCCGUGACAUUGACCCUCAGAAUGACCUAACUUUUCUUAGGAUCAGAUCCAAGAAACAUGAAAUCAUGGUAGCUCCAGAUAAGGAAUAUCUUCUGAUCGUCAUUCAGAAUCCUUGUGAAUAGACCUGCAACAGCCAAAUUCUGUCCUGUGAUGCUGGAUGGCAAACACUUCACUCUUUAAAGAUUCCUGAGAUUAUAAUCCAAUCUAAGUGCUCCUUUGGUUAGUCCUUUCUGUUUUUACAUUUAAACUCUGUACGUGUCUCAUUUAGUCCCUUUUGAAUGUAUUGUAAAUUUGUAUUUAACUAUAAUAAAUCAGUUCUGGUAGUUA